AUGGAUUUACCACGCCCCAGACGCGCGUCGCUUCCCAUAUCUGAACACGAAAACUUGGCAGCUGCAGAAAGGAAGCCAGAGGAAAGAGAAAGCCUAGAUCCAGAGAUAAGGGAACAGAGAAGUCCAAAACAUGAGUCUGAGGAAGAGGAAGAUCUAUUCCAGGGGGUAGAUCCACGGGCGCUGGCCGCGGUCUUGUUACAAGCGCUGGAUCAUUCUGCCUCGCCCCCGGCUCCAGGGGUCUUGCAGCAGCCGCAGCCGCCGCCGCAGCAGCAGCAGCAAGCAGAGGCUUUGCUAACAGAAACUGUGCGUAGCCAGACUCACAGUCGCCCGGCCCCAGAAAUAGGGGUACCCCCGACGCUUUCUCGUAACUCAGAAGAACGCAGCUCGGAGAGUUCAGAUCCUUCUGAGGAACUGGAGGCACUUGAAUCCCUGCUCCAGGAAUUACGCUCUUUCAGUCCAGGGAAUGCUAAGCGAGAGCCAGAGGCUGCUGCGGCUGAGGCGGAAACACAUACCCACACAUUAACCCGAGUCAACCUGGAGAGUCCAGGACCUGAGCGCGUAUGGAGGGCUUCUUGGGGAGAGUUUCAGGCGCGUGUCCCUCACCCACCCCCAUUUCCUCACCGCUUUCAGGAGCAAUUACUUGAGGGAGUGUCUCUUCCUGAGGUGCGACAGGGUGAGAGUGAGCCUAUUCUAAAAACACGCCAGGGAGAAAAUAUCGCCUCUCUCUAUAAGGUGCGCCAGAUCGAGAGUGCACCUUUCUCCAAAAUGCGCCGCCCAGAAAGCGCAGCCAUGAAUAGGCUUCCAGGUGGAGGGCGCCUUCUACAGCGGGGCUUGGCCCAGGUAGAGGCAGGUAGGCGGCAGGCUGAGGCUACACGACAAGCGGCAGCCCAAGAGGAAAGAUUGGCUGAUCUUGCCUCUGAUUUGCUGCUUCAGUACCUGCUUCAAGGCGGCGGCGGCCUGGAGCGAGGUGUGGGGGACAGCGGACUUCAGGGGGAAGGGGAGGAGGAGAGAGAAAGGGAGAGGGAGGAGGAGGAAGAGGGUGAGAUACGAGGCGGGGAGGAGGCGACAGGGAGAAAGGACCUGAGACAGGCUAAGGGUUGGAAUAGGUAUCCCACCCUGGGAGGGAUGAUACCCCGACCCCAAUUCCCUUUCCUCCUUGGGACACUCCUUCCACCUUUCUCUUCCCCAACCCGCCACCACCACUACCACGCACAGCCCGCAGAGGGGUCGCGGUAUCACUUCGGCCUUGGCCCACAAGGGCGUCGGGAUGAAGAGGAAGAAGAGAAGCAGCAGCAGGAGGAGGAGGAGCUGGAGAAUUAUAUUGAGCACGUGCUGCUCAGACGCCCCAGCCUGUUCCCGUGACUCCGAUUUCCAUAAGUGAUGGUCUCUUCCCCUAUGCGAACCUCCCUAAGCCUCCCUCUGGUGUUGCUGUUUAGUGUUCUGCAUGCAGUUCCCUACCUUUUUUUGCGGGGGCGGGGGAAGUCCCACCCCUCUUGUCUCAGCUAACCUGGUCCCACCCAAUAUACCCCCUUCCCUUUAACCAUCUUCGGUGGGAGACAAGUACCCCACACUUGUAGUAGAAUCAAUGAGGCUAAAAGUAGGGGAGAAAAUACCAAGAAAUCUUAAGAGGAAAGGAGCACGAGUCUUCAAACUCGAGAGUACGGAAAACUCCCCCGUGUCCUUCUAACUCCAGCCACAAGUGAUGUAUCAAAGGAGCAACUGAAACUGGACUGUACAGAUUAGUUCUACUCUCGUCUUCCCCUCGGGUCCCUGGUCCCUUUCCCUAAGCCACCCUAUUCCUCUUCCAAUUUUCCCAACGGUGAACAAUAAUAAAAAGCAAAAAAAAAAAAAAAAAAAAAAAAAAAAAAAAAAAAAAAAAAAAAAAAAAAAAAAAAGCAAAAAAAUAAUAAACCAUACCAGUUGUGUAUGCUGUGAAUCGCAGCCGCCCCAGACCCCAGGGUUUUCCUAGGACCUCGAUCCACUCUGCCCAAACUGAGACAACUCAACCUCUUUCUUCCCUUCUCUGCUGUAAAUAUUCCUCAUGGGGAAAAUAGUUUUGCUAAGAAAUAAAAGUGACUAUUUUAUUAGGA